UGUAUGCCUGAUAUGCCAAGAGACUGUGGCGGUUUUUAAAGAAUAUAAUAUCAGCCGUCACUUUGCCACAAAACAUGCCAACUAUGCUAGCGACCAGUCAACGAAAGAACGGGAAGCUAAUGCUCAGAGGUUGUCAGCUAAUUUACAGGCUCAACAAAAUUUUUUUCACCGUCAAACUGCCAUUCAUGACUCAAGUACCAAGGCGAGUUUUAUGCUGUCAUUCAAAUUAGCAAAGGCCAGCAAGCCUCUGUCUGAAGGCGAGUUUUUAAAAGAAUGUAUGGUGGAGACAGCAGGCAUAUUGUGUCCGGAGAGCAAAGACAAAUUUGAAAAAAUCAGUUUAUCACACAGGACAGUGACUCGCCGUGUGGAACUGAUAGAUGAAGAUAUAACCAGCGACUUAAAUAAAAAGGCAGAGUCGUUCACGUUAUAUUCAUUAGCACUGGAUGAAAGCAACGAUGUAAAAGACACUGCUCAGCUCCUCAUUUUUAUCCGAGGAAUUAACAAUACUUUUGAAAUAACGGAGGAGAUUUUGACAAUGGAGUCUCUGAAAGGAAAAACACGGGGAGAGGACUUGUAUGACCGGGUGUCUGCUGUCAUCGAAAAUAUGAAGCUCCCUUGGAGUAAACUUAUCAACGUCACCACAGAUGGAUCUCCUAAUUUGACGGGGAAAAAUGUCGGCCUGCUGAGGAGAAUACAGAAUAAAGUGAAAGAUGAAAAUCCUGACCAGGAUGUUAUUUUCCUUCACUGCAUCAUCCACCAGGAAUCUCUAUGUAAAUCGGUAUUACAGCUGAAUCAUGUUGUGAAUCCUGUCGUAAAACUUGUCAACUUUAUACGUGCAAGGGGACUUCAGCACCGUCAGUUCAUCACGUUCCUGGAUCACCAGGACCUACUUUAUCACUCCCGUGUCCGUUGGUUAAGUUUGGGCAAAGUGUUUCAAUGAGUAUGGGAGCUCAAAGAGGAGAUCGGUGCAUUUUUGGAGUUACUGAGGAAGGCCGGCGAAUUUCCUGAGCUGAGCAACAAGAGCUGGCUUUGUGACUUUGCGUUUGCUGUGGAUAUAUUUUCACACAUGAAUGAACUGAACGUGAAGCUACAGGGGAAGGAUCAGUUUGUGCAUGACAUGUACACAAACGUGAAAGCCUUUAAAUCCAAGCUGGCUUUUUUCUCCAGGCAAAUUUCGAAUAAGUUAUUCACUCAUUUUCCCACACUAGCCACGCUGGAAGAGGCCGGCGCAAAUGUGAAAAAAUACAGCGAGUCACUGGAUGCGCUGCACAGAGAAUUCUGCCGUCGCUUUUCUGAUUUUGAAAAAAUUGACAAGUCACUUCAGUUGGUGGCCUGUCCCCUGUCACAAGAUCCUGAAACAGCACCAGAGGAGCUACAGCUGGAACUGAUCGACCUUCAGUCUGACCCCGUCUUAAAAGAGAAGUUCAACUCUCUUAAACUGAAUGACUUUUUAUGUUUCCAAACCUCCGGUGGACGGCACAGAAAAUGCUGGCGUUGUUCGGCUCGACCUAUUUGUGUGAACAGGCAUUCAGCGUCAUGAACAUCAACAAAGCCAGCCACAGAUCCAAGUUAACUGACCAACACCUCAGAUCCAUCCUGAGAAUCGCCACAACAAAACUAAAUCCAGACUUUGAUGCACUGGCUAAAAAGGGAGACCAACAACACUGUUCUCACUGAAAUUAAAAAUAAGUUUCUUCGUUGUGCAUACUUUUGAAGACCCUGGCCUGGAGUUACACGCUGACUACAGUUCUUUGCAGGAAUGGGACCUGCUCUCGGGGUUUCACAACUGGCCAUUGGUUGGCACACCAAGGGCUCGGCUUUGGAGGCCUAGCAUCUCGGGGCUCUGGAGAUGGGCAGAUUGAAGGUCGGUGUCCCAGACUGGCGUGUCUUGGGAGCUGGAACAUCUUUGGCUGUGUGCCCAGAGAUCUUUGGGCACAGAGCUCGAAAAAAGCAACGCAAUGAAAUUUUAAAAUCGUAAACCAGCGAGUUGUUUGUUAUGUGUACCCUCUUGCUGUGAAAUGGAGUCAUCUCUUUCUCCCUUAUUAGGGAGACAGAGAGAAAGAGAGCCUGUGGUAUGUCAAAUGCCGGGGGAACAAUGUAGUCUUUGGAGUACUGCAAGUCUGUGUCUUUAAUGUUGCUUUUGCUGCACACUUGAGUGCUUGGUGACGGGUGCCAAUGCUUUUUUUUUAGCCAGUGGGGGGAAGAGGGCAUGGUGCUUGCUGCUGCUUACGCGUGGGAGAGAGAGGAGCUGGGAGGGACUUUGGGGUUCUAACAUUUAACUGCCGUUCAUUCUUUGGGGCACUCCUCUGUUUUCGUA